UUCUGUUCCCAAUUAUAGACAUUUCCACUCUGUUAAGUAGACGUACUUACUUUUAUAGAUUUUUUGUUACGUACAACUUCAGUUAAGAUGAAGAUAGCCGCCAUAUUGGCGUUUUCUAUGUUAGUUGUCUUGGCGAACGCCCAAGGAAACUACAAAAAAGUUUGCUAUUUUGCAAACUGGGCUCGUUAUCGUAAUGGUUCUGGAAGUUACUGGGUAGAUAAGUUGGACCCGUAUGAAUGCACUCAUUACAUCUACGGUUUUGCUGUUCUCAGCAAUGUUACCUACGAGAUGACAGUUUACGAUCCAUGGGCAGACAUCGAUCUCGGUGGUUAUGCAACGUUCACCGGUUUAAAGACAAAAAAUCCUAGUCUCAAGACAUUGAUCGCUCUUGGUGGCUGGAACGACUCUGCAUUCUCCACUCAAUAUUCCGAAUUGGUGUCCGACCCUGUUAAAAUGGCCAACUUCGUGGCAAAAGCGCUUGCUUUUGUUCGCCAGUACAACUUUGAUGGCCUUGAUUUCGACUGGGAAUAUCCUGGAGACCCAGGAAAACCGGAAGAUAAAGAGAACUUUAUUACACUUCUCAGGAUGCUUCGUGACGCUUUCCAGCCCUACAACUUAAUUCUAUCCAUGGCUCCUUCUUGCAGUAGCGCACGUGCUGCAGUUAGUUACGACAUCCCAGCGCUUGGCGAAAUUGUUGAUUUCGUCAAUUUCAUGGCAUAUGAUGUCCACGGUGCAUGGGAAAAUUUGACUGAUCACCAUGCCCCACUUUACCGACGCGAUUUUGAUGAUGAUACCACUGACGUUAUUAUUUCCGAGUCAGUCGACUACUGGUUGGCACAAGGUUUUCCUCCUCAAAAGUUGGUUUUCGGAUUGCCCAGCUAUGCUCGAUCAUGGACAUUGGCUGACCCGAAACAAAAUGGGUUCUUAGCUCCAGCCAUCGGUGCUGGUGUUGCAGGACAGUUCACAGGCCUAAAGGGUUUUUAUUCCUUUUACGAGAUUUGCUUGUUUCAACAACAAGGCAUGACAGUUGUCGAAGAUCCAACUGGCAAGAUGGGCCCAUAUGGUUACUUGGGAGAUAUUUGGGCUUCAUGGGACAGUAUUGACAUGGUUGUUGCUAAAGUAAAAUAUAUGAUGAGCAAAGGUCUUGGCGGUAUUCAGUUCUGGGAACUCAGCUUGGAUGACUUCAACGGUCACUGCAAUUUGGGCCUAAGACCCUUUUCUAAGGCUAUUACCGAAACACUUGGAGGAACUUUCCCGACACCUGGACCAACAUCACCACCCCCUCCGAGCUGCUCUGCUUCCUCUCAGGGCCAAUACUAUGCUGAUCCUUCUGACUGCGCAAAAUAUUACCAAUGCGUGAACGGAAUAAUCUAUACUUUCUACUGCCAGACCGGACUUGUAUUCAACUCCAAGAUUAACCAAUGUGAUUGGCCAUACAACGUUCCUGGAUGCGCUUAAACAUUCGUGACUUCGGCCGACUUACGAAUAUUCAUAUGCAAUAGACCCCCUCCUCCUGUUCUUUCAAAUUACUUAGAUUCAAUAACACAAACAAUUAUUUUAGUGAGAAAAUAAAUUCAAAAUCAUUGAUUCCCUCUGCA